GGAGUUAGUUUAAAGAACAAGUCAACUAAAACCCUGAUCUUCCUUAAACCCUAACAACCGCCAUUGUUAGGGUGCGUUCCAGGUCAAUUCUCUCUCUCUAGAAUCUUUCAUCAAUCAAAUCAAGACCCAUCUACAUAUUCACAAAUCCAAGCAAUCCAUCUUCUCCGAUCUCAAAAGGCCCCGGAAAAUCAAUGGCAAAUCCAUCAGAAAACAAGCCCUCAACUCGCCACUACCACCCCUAUCAAAGCCUCAACACCCCAAUCCACAAGCUCUACGAGCUACCCACUUCGCCUGAGUAUCUUUUCCACGAAGAAGCUGCGGUUCAGAGGCGCUCUUGGAGCGAGAAUCUGCAGUAUUACACCGGGUCGGGUUAUUUAUCCGGAGCUAUAAUUGGGGGUAUGAAAGGGACAGUUGAGGGGAUCAAGUCUGCGGAGACAGGCGAGUCGUUGAAGCUCAGGAUUAACCGGGUUUUGAAUUCGGGUGGGCAUACGGGUCGGAAAUUUGGCAACACUCUGGGUGUUCUUGGGCUGCUUUUUUCAGGGUUGGAGAGUACUGCUUUGCAUUUCAGGGGGACUGAUGAUUUGCUUAAUAGUGUGGUGGCUGGACUGGGAACUGGGGCGCUUUAUCGCGCUACGAAAGGAGCUAAAUCUGCUGUUCUUGCUGGUGCUAUUGGUGGAUUGGCUGCUGGUGCUGCUGGGAUUGGUAAGCAAGCGAUUAAGCGAUAUGUUCCGAUUUAAAAAUUCAUAAUGUGGCCGUGGCUGGAGUCAUUUAAUUGUUGGUUAGGGAGGUUUGAUCAAAGAAUUUGUUCGUGUUCUUGUUGUCUGGUUUUGUUAUGGAGACUGAAUUUGUUGACUUGUCGGUGUUUGUGAUGAAUUUUAUGAAAUACGUAGCAAAAUAUUAAUGGAAAGAGUAAAUUCUUGGUA